AUGGCCAGUGAACCGGUCGUAAGGUCCUACGUCUCGCCGACAGGAGAGCAGUAUGGAUCGAUCUCGGUCAAGUUGCCUUCCAGUCAGGCUGUUCGCAAGCAGGUUGAUCAUGUCGUUUUGAUCGAUACCUCUGCCAGCCAGGUAGGCGAACAUCGUGAGAUGGGUCUGGCUGUCCUGGAAAGCUUUCUGACAAGUCUCCCUAGUGAGCAUCGGGCAAGCGUGAUUGCCGUUGAUAUUUCGGCUGUGCCGAUGAACGAUGGAUUCCAAGCGCCUGCCGUCGCUGCCGAACAAUCUCUCAAGAAACUGAAUGAACGUUUUCCUGCGGGAGCAACGAAUUUCGGUGCUGGGCUGCGAGCAGCGAUUGAAGAACUGGCCAACAGCAAGAAUGGCUCGAUCGUCUUCAUUGGCGAUGGUAUGAGUGCUGCACAACUCGUGCAAAUCAAAGAAACCGAGCAACUGACCAGUCAGCUUCGUGAAUUGAAGAUUCCGGUUCAUUCCUUUGCAGUUGGUUCAAACACUGACUUGCAACUUCUGGGAGUCUUUGGACAGGAAACUGGCGGUUAUGUAUUCCGCGAUGAGACAAGUGAAAAGUCACUGAAUGCUCAACAAGCAGGUGAGUUGUUGGCAAGUGCUGCUCUGAAGGUUGUCGAAUAUCCUGAAACGAUUCAGGUUGCUGACGCUGCAAUCACCUUACUGCCCAACCGUCCGCUUCCUCUUCGCUCUGAUCGAGAAACCGUUUAUCUGUUUCAGGGAGAUUUAGGGACUCAAGCGGAUUUGCAACUCGGAUCGAAUGAAUGGAAUAACCUGAGCGUUGUCCGCACGACUGGGAAUACAUUCCUGGAGUCAUUGUGGCACCGUGGAACACCGACUGAUGGUCUCGUCUUGGGACUCGCAGGAGACUGGAUGGUCAACCUGUCACACCAGCAGUUCGAAAACAGCAUCAUGCAAAUGGAAGCUCAGGGCGUCCAAGCCUUGAAACAAGGUGCUUUCGAAACUGCUGAGCAAAUUGGCUUCUCGAUUCAGGAAAUCGAUCCUGGCAAUCAGACAGCCAUGCAACUCAUCAACGAGGCUGGAGAGAAUCUGGUCCUGCAGUCAGUGCAAUUCGAUGACGGAAAUCCAGCCGUUGAUAAUGCUGUAGAAAACGCCAUAGAAGCAAAUCAGGAUCGCACAGCACCACGUGUCGAAGAUCCAAUUCAAGCUUAUGACCAACUGGUCAACGCUCGCACACAAGCCUUGCGUGCAGAAGUCGAGCGGGGAAUUCAACUUGCCUUGUCCGUUGUGGAUUCGAACCCAGAUGCGGCCUACGACAAGUUGUCCCAGAUUCGAGGAUCAGUCAAAUCCGCGACAGACAUUGAUCCAGAGGCCCGUAAUCAACUGUUAAGACAAGUUGCAUCUGUUCAACAGGAUGUCGCCUCUCGACGACAGAAGAUUGCCUUGGAAAAUGCAGAGAGAAACAAGCGUCGCGUUGAAGUGGAAGCACAAGCUCGACUGAUCGAGUUUGCUGAAGAACGGGAUGCAAAAAAAGAGCAAAUGGUCGAUCGAAUUCGUGCCCUGCUCAUCGAAGGAUAUCAGGGGGACGCAGGAGCAUUUGAAUCAGCUGAGGCCGUUGCACGUACCGUGCUCAGCGAAUACCCCAAUAGUGCCAUGGGUGUUUCGGUUGUGUUCGUCUCUGAGGCUGCAGGUCAGCUUGAUAAAGCGAAGCGGUUGCAGGCCUUGCGUUCGGACCGCUUCCUGGAAUCACUUUAUCAAGUGGAACUUUCACAUGUUCCAUUCCCAGACGAGCCACCAGUUCGUUAUCCACCAGCCGAAGUCUGGCAAGCUCUGACCAUUUUGCGUGAAAAGUGGAAAUCUGUUGACCUGCGUAACGACAGCCCGAACGAGCAAAAGAUUUACGACGCUCUUGAUCAGAUUACGAAUGUCGAAUUCCCUGGUAACCCGUUGACAGAUGUGAUUGAUUACAUCAGCAGCCAACACGGAAUUCCGAUCAUCAUCGACGAAGUCGAACUUCAAAACGAUGGACGAAGUGGUGAUGACGAAGUCGAACUGGUUCUUUCAGGGAUCACACUACGUUCCGCACUCAAACUCUUAUUAGAGCCACUUGCUUUAACUUAUGUCAUCGAAGAUGAAGUGAUGAAAAUCACGACGGAACUCGUGGUGGCCUUGGUGGUGGUCAACAGGGUGGCGGAUUCGGUGGCCAGCAAGGUGGCGGAUUCGGUGGUCAACAGGGUGGCGGUGGAUUCGGUCAGGGCGGUCAUGAAGCUGCAUCAAAAACAGGAGCACAAAACUGUUAUCGCCUGUUUGCAGGGAGCGAUCAAACAGGGACAGGCUCAACCUUGGAUGUAUGAAGUGCUGGCACUCUCGAUGGAGAUCGAAGGUUAUCCAAAGGAGGAUAUCGAACGGGUCGUUCUCUCCCUGUCUGACUUCGGUGCGGUCAGUUUCGAAAGCUUGAUGUAUUCCGCGGCAUACCUGAAACGGUUUGAUCGAGAUGGGGCUGCUCUGAAAUUGUAUCAACAAGCGUCUCGCCUCUCUCCCGAGCGUCAUGAGCCUUAUGUUCUCGCUCUGCCACUAGCUGAAAAGGUUGGAGAACUUGAAGACAUUCGUGGGGCCGCAGAAGGGAUACUUCAGCACUAUUGGGGAGACGACCAUCGGCAGCAGCACCGACUGGCAGAAGAUGCCAUCUUCAAUCAGCUGCGCAAGUUAAAACGCAAAGGAGAACAGGAUCAGAUGCAAGCUCUGGCAGCACAGUUGAAACAGGCCAGAACCCGGGACCUGAUGAUCCGCGUGGAAUGGAGCGGGGCAG